UGUGUGUAGGUAUGGAGGAGUCUCACUGUGAGCGUACAGAGUAUCUGAGCUCGUAUGGUCUGGAUGUGGACUCCAUCACACUGAUCCCGGGAUCCUCUGGCAGAAUCGGCCCUAAAAGCACCAACACAGCCUAUGACCCGAAGGAGAUCGUGGCCAAUCUGACAUGUAAGAUGCCCAAUCAGCACUUCACGCCGUACCUGAAGCAGCACCUGCCCAAACGCCUGCAUUACGCCAACAACAGACGCAUCGAGGACGUGCACCUGCUGAUGGAGCGCAAGUGGCACGUGGCCAUGUGUGUACGAGUGUGUGUGUGUGUGUGUGUAUGAGAAUGUGCAAAAGUGUGUGUAACCAUGCACAGUUUUUGAAUUAUUGUUUGUGACAGUGCACAUGCGUGUAGUGGAGUGUUUGACUGCAGAUGUGUGGUACCAGACAUGUGUGUGUUUGAGACUGUGUGAGA